ACGCAAUGAUGGGAACCUUUUAAUUCACCCUCAAAUCCCAAUCCCCUAACUUACCAAGUACCUCUGUGCUUUGAUGUGUAAAGCUUUGUAAUUAGUUGCGCGAGAAGGCACAAGAUGGAUAACCAGACUCGGCUCAAGAGCGAGCCGUCUGACGAACAACCUCGGUCAUUCCUUUCAAGGGCAUUACCAGAGGCCACAACUGGGCUGAAACUUCAACUUUGGAAUACUAGCCUGGCAUGCGAAAAACUCUGUCAAAAGAUCAGGGAUCUUGGCGAUGAGCACGAAAGCCUCAAGCAGGAGCAACAUGACCGUAUCGCAAACCUACAAGAGGAAUUGAACUGGCUGCGUCGAGCAAAUGAUUCCCUACAUGUGGAAGUAAAUAGACAGCGAGCGGACUAUAGUCUGUUGGUUGGCGACAUUGGUCGCGUAUGUGAUGAAAGGCAGAUAGCGAUACAGCAGCGUGACGCGGAACAGUUUCAGAAGGAGAUGAACAAUUUAAUGCUCGACCAAUACCGUGACGAAUCUGCGGAAAAGAAGAAGAGAAUCGAGGAGCAAGACGUGGAAAUUAAGAAUCUGACUGACCUAGUAGCGAGGCUUGAGACGGAUGCCCGGAAUCAAUGGUGCUAUUAUGAAAGAUGCCUCACUGAAGGAGGCAGAGAGAAAAACGAGCUAUUAAGGUUAUUAAACUACGAGAGAAACCUAUCAUGGCAAAGACGACUAGCAACGGCAUCGACAAAUGAACGCGGUAGAAGGCGUGGCGCUCGUAAGAGUUAGUAUCGCUAGCGAUAGCUUCAAGGGCUAGGUAGUGCUGGAAUAUCCUGUGUAGUACCUAAGUUUGAAUUAUGUGAGGUAUCUUAAAUAGGUGUCUAUAUAGGAUUAUGAGGGUUAGGCGGGUACCUAACUUCCCAAAGAUUUAGUUAAUCAGUUACGAAUAUUACUACCUACCUCCCAA